GAACAAAGAUUAUUGAUUGACAGUCAUCAGCUUGUUCUUCUCCUCUGUCAGCCAAUCAUCACUGCAGCAAAGAUGGCGUCAGUCUUUUUGUUUUCUUUGUUGCUCUGUUUGUCCAGCGGACUGUUGGCUGCUGGUAAACCUGCCUGCCCUCCUGGUUGGACUCAGUUUGGCUCUCGCUGUUUUGCUUUCUACAGCCAGGCAAAGACCUGGGCCGAUGCAGAGUUCUUAUGCCGGCACGCUCAUGGGAAUCUGGCUUCCAUCCACUCAGCUGAGGAACAUGCAUUCCUCAAAAACUACAUUCACCAAGUGACCGGUACACAGAGAACUUCCUGGAUCGGAGGCACUGACGCAGUGCAGGUGUUUAGGUGGUUGUGGACUGAUAGAUCCCACUUCACCUACACAAGCUGGAAUGCGGGGGAGCCUAACAACCACGGCGGAGCGGAGUUCUGUAUUGUGAUGAACUGGGGUGGAGCAAACUGGAACGACUGGGCUUGUAACAACCAGGCUUCUUUUGUGUGCUCCAAGAACAUUGUGUAACUCUACCACACCAUCAUGAUGCCUCUCCAGCUCAUCUCUAAUCUCUAUCAUUGAUUCCCUUUCAGUUUGUUCAGCAGACAGAAACAGCUCUCUGCUGACAGAUGACUCACUUUCACUUGUUUAUUAUCUGAAGAGUUAGGGAACAGUUCACAUUUGGGUUUAGAAUUAGACAGAAACUGGCUCACUGAUCUGGACAAAACUAAUCAGUAAUUGGACUUUAAUCUACAGUAAAAAAAAACACAAAAUGAAAUAGAGAGAACAUUUGAAUACUUGCACAUCUUUUUCAUUUUACAGUUAGUUUACUGAAUAUUAUCUGUUAUAAACAGCGCCAAAUCAUCUGAUAAAAUAUUAACAGACUAAUUAGAUUUCUCUCUGAGAGUUAUUAUUCAGAUCAAUACAACUCAUGUGUGUACGCUAAAUAUGAAGUUCCCUCAAGCAGACGUUAGCUUAGCUUAGCAAAAAGACUGGAAACAGGGUAAUCAGGUAGCUUAGCUUAGCAUAAAGACUGGAAACAGCUAGCUUGACUCCGUCCAAAGGUAAACCUACCAGACAUGAGUGGUGGUGACCUUUUUAUCCAAAAUGUCCAGAUAGAAAAUUAAAAGUGUAUAUUUUGUCGAACCUUUCUGUGAUACAAGAGGAGAAUGCAACUGUAAUAACACUUCAUAAUAAUUAUUAAUAAUUCAUAUAGUCCACUGGUUUAAUGAACUGGUUACUUUUUAUUCCUAAAACUGAUGUGUUGUGUUCUUUAUUCAUCUGAUUUCCUUUACUAUAUAAUCAACUAAGCAUUCAAAAAUAAAAGACAUAUUGUCACA